AACAAGAACACAUUCUCUUCUUCUCCCCUUCAAAGUAAAAGAUCGAAAACUUUAGCAGUUAUUUUCCAGUCUCACAACCCAAACAGAAGAUGGAGAAAUCUGCAAAUCAAGAACACAUUCAAAAGGCCUUUGGUUGGGCAGCCAGGGAUAACUCAGGAAUCCUCUCACCCUUCAAAUUCUCUAGAAGGGCCAAUGGGGAGGAUGAUGUCACCAUAAAGAUACUCUACUGUGGAAUCUGCCACACGGAUCUUCACAACGUUAAGAAUGAUUUCGGGAUUUCUUCGUACCCGCUCAUCCCCGGGCACGAGAUUGUGGGAAUUUUGACCCAGGUGGGCCACAACGUAACAAAGUUCAAAAUUGGAGACAAGGUGGGUGUAGGGUGCUUGAUCGACUCAUGCCGUGCAUGCAAUCUGUGCGACCAGGAUCUUGAGAACUAUUGCCGAAAAGUGAUACCUACCUAUGGUGGUACUUACCAUGAUGGGACGGCCACAUACGGUGGAUACUCUAAUAUGGUUGUCGUCAAUGAGCACUUCGUGGUCCACUUGCCCGACAACCUACCCCUAGAUGGCACAGCACCACUACUAUGUUGUGGGAUUACGGUGUAUAGCCCGAUGAAGUAUUUUGAACUUUGCAAGCCUGGCAUGAGUUUGGGUGUGGUUGGGCUUGGUGGGCUGGGCCAUGUCGCGGUGAAGUUUGCAAAGGCUUUUGGAAUGAAGGUCACGGUGAUAAGCACAUCCCCAAACAAAGAGAAGGAAGCGAUCGAGCAACUUGGUGCUGACUCAUUUUUGGUUAGCAAUGACUCUGAGAAAAUGAAGGCGGCCAUGGAAACUUUGGAUGGUAUCAUUGAUACAGCCCCUAGCCCUCACUCACUGCAGCCAUUGAUUAAUCUACUGAAGCCCAAUGGAAAGUUAGUUGUGGUGGGGGUCAACAUGAAGCCAUUCGAGCUUCCCAUAAUUCCUUUAAUCAUGGGGAGGAAGAUCGUGGCCGGAAGUGGAAUUGGAGGUAUGAAAGAAACACAAGAAAUGUUAGAUUACGCUGGCAAGCACAACAUAACGGCUGAUGUUGAGGUAAUCUCCAUGGAUUAUGUAAACACAGCCAUGGAGCGGCUCGCGAGAGGAGACGUGAGAUACCGAUUUGUCAUUGACGUUGCAAACACAUUGAAUGUUGCCCCAUAAUCUCUUGAGCUCGGCAUUGAUGUGGCCACCGCACUUCUUUGGCCAUUGAUUUGUGUUGUGUGUCCCAUGAUGUAUGGUUAUUGUGCAAGAAGCUCUUCUUUGUUAACGUGUAUGAUCGCUGAAAUAUGGAGUUUGGUAUUUUUA